AUGUUCGCCAGCAUUGCCAGCAUUGCCAACAUGUUCCGCCUCCAGGCUCUGGUCAUGACUAUCCUGGCUAUCCUCGUUUGCACCGUCACGGCUGACUCCAUCGUUGGCUGCUACCCCAAAGAAUACGGAGCGAACGGGGUGGAUGCCAAGUCGUACUUCAACUUCUUCCUGGAUAGGGACACUGACAUCACGGUUCCCGCGGCGUCAUGCGUGCGCCCGUUCUGCCAAGAGGAUAUCUACGGCAACCCGAAUACCGGUGUCUGGGUGUGUAAUGAUAACGACGACAUCGAAAUGACAGUCCUGCGCGAUGACUACAUCGCCGGCGGAAACCAGAUUUUCGAGAAAUGCGAAACUAAGGAUCACCUCGUUGGCGGCACUAUCGCUUCCCCCGACAAGAAGAUCCGCAUUGCGAUCAUUAGGGACGAUCACUGUCUCGAUUACAAGCCUCCUACCGGUGUGCCGCCUGGAAAGGAGGUGGUGGAUUACUAUUGA